CGGAAGGCUGUAACACUCAUAAAAUGUCUAGGUCCCCAGGUUCGAUACUCGUGUAUGAUCGAAAGAAAAGGAAAUACACACUGCAAGAAGAUGAGGAGACUGGCAGGAAUCUGUCGCGCCUAUUGGAAAUAUUGCGUAAAUAUAAACCGGAUCUAGCUUCUGAGCUUUUACUGUCAUUGAGUUCAUUCCCAAGGUUCUUAAGCUGUAUUCGAAAUCAAUAUCUUUUCGACAAUUUCGACCCACUUGUAUAUAUCGGAGAUGGUGGUUUUGGAACAGUUUACAAGGCUAGGCACAAAAUUGACAGUAAAACCUACGCAGUAAAAGUAAUUUCUGGGUCACGUUCGAGAGAUACACUCGAGCUUGCUAGGUCAGAAGUGUAUACAAUGUCGCGACUGAAUCAUGUUAACAUUGUUAAAUAUAUUACUUCUUGGGUAGAUUACGAAUGGAUAUCUGUUGAAGGCAACAGUCAGGCAUCCAAUUGUAACCUUACUUCAACACGUACUAAUAAUUAUUUAACUCAUCCAUCAAACGUUGUAAAUAUAAAACAUAUAAAAUCUAGAAAUAAUCUUAGUCCUGUUAAAUCUUCGUUUGAUGAAAAUUCAAAAAUCAAUGGAUUAUUACCGCCAAAUGGAAAACGAAAGAAAAAACGUAGAAAUAAUUUAAAAAUUGACACUUCAGACAUCAAAGCAUUAAUUCCUAAUAAAGCAUUAAUUCCUGUUAAUCAUUUUGAUAAAUCACAUCCUGGUAUAUGUAUUCAACGACCGAUUCUUUGCAUUCAAUUAGAGCUAUGUCAAUAUAAUUUAGCAGAUUGGUUACAGUAUAGAAAUAAUUUACAGUCUAUUACUACUCCUACUUCUAGUACCCAACUGAAUAUCUCACCUCUUUCAUAUGAAACAGUUCAACGUGCUCCUGUUCGUUGGUUAAUGGAUCAAAUAAUUUCAGGUGUUGCAUAUUUACAUUCUGAAAAUGUAAUUCAUCGUGAUCUUAAACCAGAAAAUGUUCUGAUAUGUGGACCACCACUGCAUUCACUAUCUAAUAUUCCAUGUGCAUGUAUUGUUAACCAACCAUUAUCACAUAAAUAUACUGAAAAUGAAAAAGAAAACUCGGCCAAUUUGUCUUCAUCUUGCUCUUUAUCAACAACUAUUGAUGAUAAUAAUUGUAUGCAUCCAAUUGUUAAUGCAUUAUCCAAUUGUUAUCAUCAAUUAAUUGUGAAAAUAUGUGAUUUUGGAUUAGCUAGAAUACUGUUAGAUUAUCCAUCAGACAAUUUUCAACCAUUUAAUAAAAACAUACAUGUACAAAAUCAUAUGGAUGCCAAUAAAUCGAAAUUCACAUCCUAUUUCAAGAGAUUAACUUUAUCACAAUCAAAUCAACCUGUAUUAUUUGGUGAAACUAGUUCAUUUCCUAGCGCUCAUCAUGAUGAUGAUGAUAACGAUGAUGAUGAUGACGAGAAUCCAUCCUCAUUGAUAUUGUCAACAUCCCCAUCAUCUAGUCGAAGUACCGAUUCGGAUAGUUUAAUACAAUUUAAAAAUAGUUCACAAUAUUCUUCAGAUAAUUUAUCUGAAAAUGAUGAAUCCAUUAUAAAUCCUAAUCACAAUAACCGACAACAAAAUAAAAUGAAAUUUAAUCAUGAAUCCAUAAUGAAUUCGUUUGAUCAUAGUAAUACAAAUCAGUUAAAUGCGGAUUCUGACAGAAAACAUUUAUCAUUAUCAUCAUAUAAACCACUAGCAACAGUAUCCACACCACAAACUAUGUUUUAUUUAACUGCUAAUUUAGGAAGUUCUAUUUAUACUGCACCAGAAGUUCAAAAUUAUUGUUUAACUAAAUCAAAUCAACGUACAUUGUAUAAUUAUAAGGUUGAUAUUUAUAGUUUAGGUGUAAUAUUCUUUGAAAUGUUACAUCCAUGCUCUACACGAUCUGAAUUAAUUACUUAUUUAGAACAAUUUCUCAAUGCAUCAUCAUCAUUAUCUUCGUCGUCAUCAUCAAAAACUAAUUGUUAUUAUGUAAAAAAUCAAAAGAUUUCAAAUGUCAACAAUCAAUGUAACAUGAAUAUGCAUGUUAAACAUGGAAUGAUGGAUUAUUUGUUAGAUCUAUUUCCUCGUUCAAUGCAAUCCACUUGGCCUUAUGAAUUCCCAGAUCUCGGGGGAAAUCGUAUCACUGUCAAUGCACCAACUUCGUCUGAUUCAUCAUCUCUUGAUAUUAUUUCUAACAAUUUGAAAAUAGAUUCAACAACACCAGAAGACAAGAAACCAUAUCAUCCAUUGAAAGGCAACUUUUCAAAUUAUCAGUUAAUUGAUUAUUUGAUAUGGCGUAAUCGAGAACUAGAACAAAAACUUCAUGAAACACAAAAACGUCUUUCUCUAUAUGAAAAAGUUAAUGAUAUCGAAGAUGUAUAG